AUGGUUAUGAAUCCUCGACCUCCCUCUCCUACUCUUCCAGGCGCUUGGGCUUCCGCUUGGAGUCUGAGAAAGAUCUUCAAAUCCCAGGAAGGAACAAGUCCGAAAUUCUCAGAGUCCGCCAAGCUGUGUUCCGUCGUUUGCGAUACCGAAAAUCCCCCCGCCGCCAUUCCAAGAUCGCCUGGUGUUGGGGGGUCGAACAGCUCAAACACAUACGACGACGACAAAGCGUCUCUCUCCGCCUCUCACGACGACGACGAGUCCAUCACUUCUGACGAUUUCCACAGCUUCACUUCUGAUGAGGUCUUCAACAGUGAAGGGGAGCAGAACAAAGAGGGAGAAACGACUCUUCCCGAGACACCACAGUCUAAAAUUUUCUCUUCCGAUAUCAGCUCGACCCUGCAUGAUUCGGCCUCUCGGGAAGACGUCACCUUGUCGGAUACAGUUCCUUCGAAAGUUUGUAGCACAAGUCCUACACGUCCUUCAACGAAACUACCCGAUCCCGCUCUGAAUGAUGACCUUGCCAACUCUUCAUCGGAUUCUAGGCUGUCUGAGGCCAGUUCUGGUACCCGUCCCCCUUCCACUGUGUCUCGGAGGACCUCUUCUUCAAGCAGUUGCAGCGAUCGCUCUGUUGCUUUUAGGAGAAUUGAAAAUGAGUACGAUGGCGAGUCUACGUAUUCGAAUUAUUCUGGAUUAAACUAUCCACGCAUGUGCACGUUAAUUACAAGGCUCGGAAAUGGAAUCACCUCCGAACAGAGCCUUACCGCGAGUCAUCCCCAAAACGUCUCGCCGGUCAGUCCAAGGCAGAUACUACGAAGACGUUUUGAAAACGAAUAUCAUGACCAACGAAAUAACGAUUUUUCGCUUUCUCAGCCUGACGGAAAUGACCCAUGGACGCUUUCGCUCGAACCUACUUUGACUUCAGCAGAACCUUCGAUAUCGCAAACCUCUACUUCCUCAUCCAGCGGGACUUCCAAUACCUCAGAAGACGAGGAUGCUCCCCGGCGAUUCUUUCCAGCAGCGUAUCCCUCCCGAUCCCAGUCGUUCUUUCAACAGAGUUCUUCCAAUCCUUCGCGUGUACGUGCAACAUAUGACACAGAAGUUAGUACAACUAGGCGCGGCUCAGAGAACUCCGUGUAUGCACUUUCGCGUGAAGAGAUAUAUGCUCCUGAGUCGGCAAGCCCACCGCGUCCUAUAGGAGAAGAUGCUCCACGACCACGGAAUGUUGUUCAGAAGACCAAGGAAUUCUGCAGCAAAUUCAAGAAACUCCUUGUCCCCAAAAAGGCACCCAAACCGAAGGAUGUCAAAGGCCUCUUACACGAUUAUCCGCUGUCCGACCACAUAUUCAGCAGUAAUGCCCCCGUGCAACCAAUUAUUCCGCACCUUCUUCCCCCUUCUCCGCGAGAGGUAUCACCCUGGUCGUUCGUUCGUCGUCGGGGAAUGCAACGGGAACCCAAAAUGUCUUUGCCAACCAUGCCAAAUCCCGAACAUCGAUCUCAACGCAUAGUUCAGUCUUCCACCACGAGCGUGGAUAAGCAUUCUUACGAAUACCAUGCAAGACCCAAAACUCUGGAGGAAAUAAGAUCCAAAAGGCGAUUUUCUUUGCCUGUAUUUUCUGGACCGCCUGCUGGCCAGCCCAGCGGCUCGAUAGGCCACUCACAUUUGGCCUACUCUUACCAAAGACGUCCUAUGGCAAGCUCAAUUCACUCUGCUAGUCAGACAACAGCUUCUUGA